AUUGAAUUGUGCCAAACUAUAUUACUUUCGUUGUACAACAAGAAACUGUUUGGUUUACGAUUGUUUACUAUCGUAAAUUUGGCAUAUAACAAGUAAUGGGAUGAUAACAAUAUAUUAUAUCGUAAUUUUUAAACUAUUAUGUGUCUAGUGCUGUGAAAUGUUAUUUGCUCUCGAUUAGUCAGUUAUCGAUUUUCGUUUUGUUGAUAUUUUGUCUGUUGGCAGCAACAGAUGAUAAGGAAAAAUGGUUGAACAAACGGCGAGAGAUUAUGCUCAAAUUAUACAAAGUGCCGAUCUGGAAAAGGAGAUAAACCCCCUGUGCAACAACAUAGACGACAUGCUCGCACGAUUAGACGAAUUCGAAACGGUUUUGGCCUCCGUACGCGCAGAGUCUAAUGGCAUCAUGGCCAACCACGUAUGUAGCAUACUCGGCUUUAUCGAAAACUUCGAUGAAUUGCGUCGGCGAAUCGAUAGCUUGGAUACGUUUGUAGCCACGGUAAAUGAGAAUCUGAACGAAGUGGAAAGAUCUGUGGACGUGGCUGAGCAGGAGCUUAAUGUAACCGACUACAGUAUAAAGGGUUUGCUAUUGAAACCUUUGAAGGCCAGGCUAUCCACCGCAGACACAACUGAUACAAAGCCGAAAACCAAUUUGGUUAAUGGCGAGUUUCAACCGGUUCCCAUCUUCAAAGCUGACGAAUACUUUGGCAUUAGGACAGAUGAAACUAAUAUUAGCGACUCCAUAUAACCUUUAAGUAGUUGUUU